AAGACUUGGCACCACACCAACAAGCACAUAGUCAGUGACCUGAAGACCUUGGCCAGCAUUGGGAGCAAUGGCGCGUAUCCAAACAAGAUGCACCAAGGUUUGAUGCAAAGGACGAAGAACAUCAGCAAGGUACCGCAGCCCUACCUUUUCAAUGCAAAGUUCAAAAGCCCGGUGGGUGUGCAGAACCAAUCCCUGCUUUUACCUCAUGAGCUUUUCGCAACCAUUGCUGCAGAGUACCAGACCACAUGGUUCAAAAGCAUUUGCCCAGACCAAUCCAACCUUGAGACAUUUUGGGAAACCGCUGUCAACCAUCCGCUUCUUCACGACCAUCCUGUAUUGCAUCGAGAGCACUGGCGGCGGUACGCCGUCCCCAUCGCUCUCCACGGCGAUGGGGUUCCUGUGGUCGGAAUUGGAAAGGCCUGGACCAAACUCCUGAAUGUGUUCUCAUGGUUCAGCUUGGUGGGCGCAGGGGCCACACGGUCCAAGUUGUUUUACACCUACUCCUGUUGGGACAAGAUCUGUGAAGGAUCAUUUCCAGAUCGUAGCUUGGGUUCAGCCUUCCGAGUCCUCCAGUGGUCUUUCUAUUGGCUUUGGCUUGGCCAAUGGCCUGACCGAGACCACAAGGGAAAAAUUAUGCCUGAAUUCAUUGCAAUUUUUGGUUCAGCAGAAUCCCUUCGUGCUGGGAAACCUUUAGCCCAAGGAUUCUUUGGCCUGUUGUUCGCCUUGACUGGCGAUCUCGAUUACUUCGCCAAUGUGCUCAACCUUCCCCACUUUGCAAAGAAACAAGGAUGUUGCAGCGUUUGCCAUUGCGAUGAAGAAGGCGAAGUCAGCUGGACUGACUUUAACCCAAAUGCUGCCUGGACCAAUAGCCAUUGGACACGAGCAGAGUGGCUUGCUUGGCCGCAACGAAGCAAAUGCCAGCUGUUCAACUUACCCGGAGCUUUCUCGGCGUUGGUUGCGUUAGAUUUUAUGCGCUCGAAAUACCUUGGCUCAGACCAACUCAUGUAUGGGUCUGUACUGACCUUGUUGGUGUUCCACAUGUUGCCUGAGACUCCGGAGGCAAACCUGGCCCGAAUAUGGCAAGAGAUUCGAGCUUGGUACAACCGGUACUUGAACAAACUCAGCAUGUUCGUACGCCAGAGCGGCUUCCCCAAGUUACGCGGCAAAGCCGCAGAGAUACGUUACCUAGCAGGACCCAUGCUAGAAGUAUGGCGCCGCCGCAUGAACCAAGGAGAAACAUUGCGCAGCUCAGGUAUCGCGUUGAUGCUCAAACUCAACUACAAGAUUGAAACUCUCCUUACAGACUUUAAAGACCACUACGCCUUCCCCGAACCAGCGGCCAGUGAAUUCAAGCAAAACGCUUUUGGCAUGUAUGCCUUGCAAAUGCAGAUUAUGAAACACUUCUUGGAUGAAGACCUUCAGCUUUUCUCUGUGACCAGCAAGAGCCACAUGGUUUUGGAGUCUGUGCUGUUGUGUGACAAGGCACAUGCCACCCUAGUCGCCGAUUUCAUGAUGCGCUGCUUUUCAGAGGAAGGGCUUCAGCGGCGGAUGCACAAUCAGGAACUUUCCAGCCUCACAGACUUUGAAGAUUUGUGUCAUCGCUCAGAGGACUUGGUGGUUCACUUGGUGGACAAAGUCAAUGAUGGCCUCGAGGGCAACAUUACGACCACAAUUAAUGUCGACUUGCCAGAUGAUCUGAGACCUCCCGAGAUCGGGAAGGUUGACUACUACCGCAAAUGUGCGGAAUGGCUGGCCACUGCCAUGGAAUGCCCAGUUUAUGUCGCCUGCUUGAUGCAAGGGCAGACCACAGCAUUUGUCAUGGAGAUCAAGGCUCAUGUGGUGUCCCCCGAGGCAACUCCAGCUUAUUGCAGAUGUGACAACCUUUGCCGUGGUUCAAAAAACCCGAAUCUUGCAGAGAUCUGA